AUGGCCGACAACGCCGACCACAUCGACGGUGACGACAACGAAGACGUGAGGGCACAACAGAAUCUGAUCAAAAUCAAGCUGAAGAGCUCUGAGGGCGGUAUCUAUGAGUGCGGUUUGACCGCCGCUAAGAUGUCAGACCUCGUGAAGAAUAUGGUGGAGUCGUUGGGAACCGAUGCCGUCGUUACAACGGAACCCAUAAUUCUGGGCAACGAAGCGGUGACCGACGCGGCGCUCAAGAAGAUCAUCGAAUGGGUUGAGUUUCAUUGGGACGAUCCGCCCGUCGAUCACGACUUCGAGGACGAGAAGGACCGCCGCAACGAAGAGCUCUCCCAUUGGGACAAACAGUUCAUCGAUGUCGACGAUCAGGCGCUGCUCUUCGACGUGAUAGCGGCCGCCAAUUAUAUGGAUAUCAAAGGUUUGGUCGAAGUCGGGGCCAAACAUAUCUGCUCUAAGAUCAGAGGCAAGUCCUGCCAAGAGGUGCGAGAAAUGCUCAAAAUUACCAAUGAUUUCACUGCCGAAGAAGAGGACGCCAUUCAUAAGGAAAACGCGUGGAUUUACGCCAAAGAUUAG